GCAGACAUGCUUAGGUUUCUAGUGUUGACAAGUCUUGCAGCUUUGGUGCUGGCUGAGCUGGAGGCCCAGCCCAGGUACCUGGAGGACAGCCUGCAAAGAGUUGUCGGAGGUGAGGUGGCCAAACCCAACUCCUGGCCCUGGCAGAUUUCUCUUCAGUACAAAUCUGGUAGCAGGUACUACCACACAUGUGGAGGAACCCUGAUCGCGAGAGGCUGGGUUAUGACUGCUGCUCACUGUGUGGACAGCAAUAGGAUGUGGCGUGUCCUUAUUGGUGAACAUGACCUCAACAGCAACAGUGGCAGAGAGCAGACCAUGGAUGUCCACGCUGUUUACAUCCAUCCCCAAUGGAACUCCAACAAUGUGGCUAAUGGGUUCGACAUUGCCCUGAUACGUUUGUCCUCUGAGGCCACCCUGAACUCCUAUGCCCAGCUGGGCUCUCUGCCUCCCAAGGGCCAGAUUCUGCCCCACAACAACCGCUGCUACAUCACUGGAUGGGGACGCAUUUCCACUGGUGGCAGCUUGUCCACGCAGCUGAAGCAGGCCUACCUUCCUCUGGUCGACUACAAGACCUGCAGCAGCCGUGGCUGGUGGGGGAGCACCGUGUCGUCCACCAUGGUGUGUGGUGGUGGUGGUGCCGAGGCUGGAUGCAAUGGCGACUCUGGCGGCCCUCUAAACUGUCUUGUUAAUGGAAAAUACCACGUCCACGGUAUUGCCAGCUUUGUGUCUGGUUAUGGAUGCAACACGCCCAAGAAGCCCACCGUCUUCACCCGCGUCUCCGCCUACAUCGACUGGAUGAACACGGUCAGAGAGCAGCGUUGUAGGAAGAGUUGUGAGAGGUGA